CGUCAUUGUUUCAUGUGUGCUCUGGAGCCAAACAUAGUUUUUGGCCUGCCCGACAUCGACUGCUGCUGCUGCUCAUCUCCCUCUCUCCAUAGCAUUGCUGUCCGCGUCGCCUUCUCCUUCCUUCCCCUGCGUUCUCGCCCUUUGCCGCUGCCCGCUGCCGUUGCUGCUUCUCUCACGCCGUCGCCCGUCGCAGGCACAUGUCCGGACGUGCUCUUGCCUAGCUCCAGCGCUGCCACUGUGCCAGGCUAAACAUAACUCUGCGCCGCGCGAGGACCGGCCGCGGUACGCUGCAGACAACUUGCAUCAACCCUACGCACGCAUCCUGGCUCAAGCGGCCAGCAACCACUCUCGACUGCGCCCAGACACCCGCUCCCAAUUGGCCUCCUCGUGCUGUCUACAUCGAUUUGUGCUGCCCUACCCUUCGGAGACUGCCUUGCUUAGCCCUUGCUGAUCGAAAAAACAUGGUCAACUGACGGCGCUGCCAUUGAUAUUCCGCCCGUCACGACCUCGAACCAAGCACUAUACACGAGACAGUUGCCCUCCUGGCUUGCGCGAGAUGGCUGCCGAGCCCACGACGCCCACAAGAGACGAUUUGGACAUGGGAGGAAUGUCGGGCAGUGAAGACACGUUCGAGGACGCCCCUGACAUCACCCCGAGACCGAGGGCGAAGAGCCCGGACACAUCGAGAUCGCUGACGGAACGGCGCACGUCGUCCGCCACGAUCGAGAAAGGACCCGGGGGAAGCACGCCCGCUACCGCCGAAGACGUCACCACGAGCCAUCCUCCGGCGAUGGAUGGCGCUUCCGCACACACGGUCAAGGAGAAUGGUCUGAUUGCCCAGGAGGAAAAGGCACAUGCCGUCAACAUGUCAGACAUGGACGAAGUGAAUCUCGGUGGAGAUGCGCAAGCGUCCACCGCCCACUCCCGCACUGCUACACAAUUGUCCGCGCCGCUGGCUCCCCCGGAAGAUUCUUCAAGAGCAUCGUCCACCACUCGCUCGAUAUCGCCGUCCAAGACAAUGCCGCCAUCCUCGGACAAGGUGUCACCUCUGCCAGCAGUGACGAGAGGCUUUAAAAGCCCUUUCUCGUGGCUGUCACGAAACACGUCAGGCGACAAGAAAGCCCAGUCGCCUCCACCUGCGCAGAGAUCGCCUCCACUCACUCGCGGCCGUCAGAACACGACUGCAUCUGCCGAUCUGCUGGUUGGACAAUUCAAGGAUGAGCGCGAAGACGAAGGCAAGAGGGACAGCAGAGAUAGCUUGAAAGAUAGGUUUAAGGAAGCUCGCAUCGCUGCCGAAACGGGCCAACCGUACCCACGAGACAGCGCCCACAUUGCGGAGCACGGUGGUGCUAUCGCCGGUCUGAUAGCAAGGUCGCAAAGUAUUGGCCUGGGCGUAACAAGCCCUCCGACCAUGACCCCGGAAGAAGAGAAAACCCGAACAUUGUCCUCGCCUGACACAGGCCAUGGUGCCACCGAGUCCGAGCCCUCCACAAGCGCACCCGCCCCUGUUGACUGGGACCUGUGGCAGAGCGUCGUGUACGAAGGUCCAGCAGCGGUCGCACGCACAAGCCCCGAAGAAAUGGAAGCUGCUAUAGCGAGUGGAAUUCCACAUCCCAUUCGAGGCGUUGUCUGGCAGGUGUUGGCAAGCAGCAAGAACGAGGAUUUGGAGAGGCUUUACGAAGAGCUCGUCGCUCGCGGCACGGACAAGGAGAAGGCGGCUACGAACGGGCACCUUAGUCUGGCGAGCACGAGCAGCAAGGACAAGGACUCGAUCGCGUCCUCGGCAUCUUCGAUUCACUCCGAGCAUUCAACGCCGGCAACAACAGCGAGCGCCAUCUCCCCGCAGGUGUCGCCCAGCGACCAGGUCAACGACGAUUUGAGCAACCUCCAGAACGGACUGAUGAAGGUGAAGACGAAGACUACCAAAGAGGAGCUGAGCAAGAUACAGAAACUUGAGAAGACGAUAAAGCGCGAUCUCGGCUCUCGGACAGCGUUUUCAAAGUUCGAGGGGGCAAAGGACCCAGAUGGCUUGUUUUCCGUCUGCAAGGCGUACGCUUUGUACGACGAGGCUGUCGGUUACGCGCAGGGCAUGAACUUCAUCGCCCAGCCGCUGUUGCUAAACAUGUCGAGACCCGAAGCUUUCUGUCUGUUUGUGCGCUUGAUGUCCAAGUACGGAAUGCGAGAGAUGUUUAUCCAGGACAUGCCAGGCCUUCACAAGCAUCUGUAUCAAUUUGAGAGACUGCUGGAAGACUUCGAACCGGCCGUGUACUGCCACCUCAACCGCAGAGGAGUCAACGCGAACCUGUACGCCACGCAAUGGUUCUUGACCUUGUUUGCUUACAGGUUCCCACUCGAACUUGUCCUCCGCGUAUACGAUCUCGUUUUAAGCGAAGGACUGGGCGCAAUCCUGAAAUUUGGCCUCGUGCUUAUACAACGCAACCGCGAGACACUUCUCGAAAUGAAGGACAUGGGUCAGCUAUGCACCUUUUUGAAAGAGCGCAUUUUCGACGCGUACAUCGACAAGCAACCUUCACAGAAGUCCAUUCUUGAAGCGGGCUUUUUUGGCUCGGGAGGAGGCGACGAAGUCUACCGAGUCGACAUGUUCGUGCAGGAUGCCACGUCGGUCAAGAUCACCCCGGACAUGCUUCAGCAGUACACGGCGGAGUGGGAGGAGAAGGAGCGGGUCGAGAAGGAGCGAGAAGCCGAGCUCGAGUCGCUGCGAACGCAGAACUCGGCGCUCCUACAAAAAGUGCGCCGGUUGGAACAACACGUCGAGAAAGUGGACGCGGAGCACGUGCAGGCGGCUUCUGAGCUCAUCAGAAUACAAGUUGAGAACGAACGUCUCCAGGACGAGAACGAGACACUCGAGGGCAAAGUCGAGGAGCUGAAGCGUGUCGUCGAGCGCCAGACGGAAGAAGUCGAAGCGCGCAUGAAGGCCGACAUUGAGGCCGUGAAGCAGGCGAACCAGGUCGUACACGCCCGCAACCGCGAACUAGAAGAGGAAAACGAGGAGACGACGGCGGCGCUCGUCAGCCUGAAAUUGGAGCACGCAAACCUGAACUCGGAGCUCGAGGCGCUGCGGCAGAAGUGGAACAACAUGCGGGAGAUGCUGAAUGGGAAGUAAGAAGAAAAAGAGAGAGAACAAAAAAUAAAAAGAGAGAGAGAGAGAGAGAGGACUGCAUGUUAUACCUCCCUAUCCUCAUUGCAUCGGAGCGGAGUUUUCCCGGGCAUGAUACGAAGUAUUGUUCAACGACAGCAUGAUGUACACAUAUCUAUUCAACGUGGAAGCUGCUGCGGGGCAAAUUGGCCUUUGGAUGGUGAGAGAGUGACUCUUCAUUUCUCGAGUUUCGGGUAAAUGAGCUUUGGUGGUCGAAGAAAAAAUAAAGGGG